GUUUAAAUGAAAGUAAGACACGCACACUUGUGCAUAGUACACUACAUACACACACGUAUACAUAUACCUUCUUUUACAACGUUCCUUUUUUAACCAUAUCCUACGCAUGGAAUUAUUUGUCCAUACAUUUUUAUAAUAUUUUCUUUUUUUAAUUAAAUGGAGAUUGUUAAUGAACUAUAUUUAAUCGAUACCGCAGUUGCAGUUACCAAUUCUUCUAAUAUUAGGUUACACGUACGUUAGAUUGUAAGACUGCUGAUAAUUUCAUAUACAUAUCUGCGUUUAUGCUAUUUUAAAUUACAACUGUAAUUGUUUAAAAAUUAUUGAUACUAAUAAGGCAAAGCUCGUUUAAAGAUGAAUAAAAGUGGAAACGUGAUGAAGAGAGGCACUACCAUUUUUACCGCGAAACCAUUUGCUUAUAUUCUCAGUUCGAAAUACAGGACCGAUCGGUGCGAUUAUUGUUUGAAAAGUGGAAAGCUCUCUAAAUGCUCUGCCUGUCAAUACGUUUAUUACUGCAACCGAAAUUGCCAACAAAGUUCUUGGCGUACACACAGCAAGGAAUGUGCAAAUUUAAAGAGGAUCUCGCCAAAAGUUGUGCCAGACGUGGCACGACUCAUGGCACGUAUAAUUAUAAAAUUAAAUCAAGGUGGAAGCGAUGAAGUAGGAUAUUACAGUGACACAGGUUGUAGAAAAUUUAAGGACUUGAUGUCUCAUUAUACUGAUAUCAAAAAAGAUGAAAAGAAAAUGGAACACUUUGUGUGUCUAUGUGGCGUUUUGUUCGAAUUUCUUGGAGACACGCUCAUGCCAAACUCUGCAGAACUGAUUGGAAUUUAUGGCAGAAUUUGUAUUAACUCUUUCAAUAUAUUUGACUUAGACAUGAAUAGUAUCGGUGUUGGCAUUUACUUGGGACCCUCUAUCAUGGACCAUAGCUGCAAGCCUAACGCUGUAGCUACCUUUGAAGGAACUACUAUAAUUGUAAGAACAAUAGAAGAUCUACCUUGUUUAGACUGGUCUCAGAUCAGGAUAUCUUAUAUUGAUACACUUAAAACAACGAGCGACAGGCGAGCAGAACUGAGAAGUUCAUAUUAUUUUUGGUGUAACUGUGAAAGAUGUGAAAAACCAGAACCAACGGAAGAAGCAGCAGCAUGUCCAAGUGGAUCUUGUACAUAUCCUUGCUCCCUUGAUUCAGUUGUGUGUGAAAAUUGCAAUACUAAAUUUCCAGGAAACUACCAAGAAUCCUUUAACGAAGUAUCUGAUUUUACUGCACAUCAUUUACAAAACAUGAAGAAUAUGGCAUAUCUAGAUGUGAGUAAGAUGUGUCUCAAGAAACAAGCGGGUGUUUUACAUGCUCUUAAUAUCCAGCAUGUGCAAACACUACAAACUGCCUUUGAUUCUUCCGUGAGUUUACAGCACUGGGAAGAAGCUGAAACAUAUGGCAAAAGACUUAUCAACGGUUACUUAACAUAUUAUGGAGAAAUUCAUCCACUGACUGGGAUACUGUAUAUAAUGAUAGGAAAGAUUCAGUUAUAUCUGGAAAAGCCAAAUCAGGCUCUUGAAACGUUGAAGAAAGCCAGUUCAAUAGUAACAAUAACUCAUGGAGACCAACAUACUUUGAUACGAGAGAAUUUAAAACCAUUAUUAUAUCAAGCAACUAUGGAAGGAACUUGAUGUUCUUGAUAGUUUAUAAUAGUAUUUAUUACACUGUGUCAUUUACAAUAAACAAUUUGAGUAAAUAAGAAAA